AUAAAAAAAAAAAAUUCUGUGCGCGCAUUCAAGAUUUUCCAACGCAGAGCUGUCACUGGUCCUUCUCCCAGCUUUCCCCUAUCACAUCUCGGCAUGUCAAAAGAAUCUUUACAGACCCAACUCGAAGGCUUCAGUAAGGACUUAGAGACGCAUCGUGACGAUGACAAGAAGAUCGCAUCUAUUUUGGUUAAACGAGCCGAAGUCUACAAGGCCAUGGGACGUAUGGAAUUAGCUGUGGCAGACGCCAAGACGGCCGUUCAGAAAGAUCCCGCCAACGAAGAAACGAAAAAAUUUAUACAGCAGUUAUACAGUGCAACAGAAUCAGUGGAGCCUGAGAAGCAAUCUUCCAAACCUCUGGAAACAUCGCAGGAUCCUCGGGUAGAUCGGUUCCGGUCGUACCUGGAUCAACUAUCCACUGCCAAGAAUGUGAAAGCGUUUGUCAGUUCUCCGGAUUUCAUUCAAGUGCUAACGUCGUGUGGCAAUCCGGAAGAUGCGAGCCAAGUACGGACAGUAGCAUUCAUGUUACUCACCAAAUUAUUCAAUCCUUCACCGGAUAUAUCGGAUUAUCCGACGAACUUUAUCAUCGAGCAAUGCGGCCAAUGUUUCUCGCAUUGCGUGGGAUCGGGGAAAACCAACGACAAAUUAUUAGCCUACCGUACCUUGUCAGCGAUUUUCCAGACCAGCAUGACGGCCGGAGCAGCGAUCUUGAGUCAGCAAGGGGUGGUGGAAGAAAUGGUCGACGUUGUCGAGUUUGAAACGCUGGACGUACAAAUUGCCGUCGCCGAAGUACUAGCUAUCGCUUCGACCGAUAAAUCUUGUCAGAAAGCGAUUGUUCAGUACGCUAGUCAAUGGUUGGCUAAAUUGGCCGGAAGCAAGACAACGGAUGAUCGUCUCAGGGCUGUCGCUGGUACCACCUUGACGAAACUCAGAGCUUCCGGCAGCGAUGCCACAUCAGCUGGUAAAACAGACACCAAAGACUCGGCCACCAUACUGCAAGAGGCCAUGCAAAGAAUGAAUUUGAAGGAUGCCGAUCUUGUGACCGCACUGAAACAGGUUGUCAAGAAUCCGCCGGAUGAUGCUACAAUUAUUUUGAACGCGGUCGAAGGGUUGGCCUAUUCGUCUUUGCAAUCCGAGGUGAAAGAAGCCCUGGUCAGCGAUAGCCAGUUUAUGCAAGCAUUAGGUUCCUUGGCUGUCCACGAUAACGAGAAUAAUCCGCUUCUGUUCGGUAUCGGCACCAUUUUUGCAAAUAUCACCAUGUACCCACCAGUGCUUGACGAACAACAAAAACAAGUUCAGAAACUACGCGACUUAGCCAAUGCGAAACAGAGCAAGACCGCAGUACCAAAAGAUGAUCCUUUGGAAACGAACAAGGCUGUCGAAGUUCGUGUGAAAACAACCAUUGACAGCGGUGUUGCCAUAGCAUUAAUAGCCCUCUCCAAGAAUACCAGUGCCAAUAUCCGAUGGGUGGCGAGUCAAACGUACCUGAAUCUCGUUACCCCACAAGCGUGCCGUGGGAAGUUGUUGCAGCAAGGCAUCGUCAAGCCAUUGUUAUCUUUAGCAGCCGGCAAAAGUGAGAGUCAUACAGAGGACAAACAUACCAUUAUUGCAGCCCAAGCAUUGGCCAAGUUGGCUAUUACAUCCGAUCCAAGGUUGGCCUUUGGGGCCCAGCAAUCGCUGAGUCUGGUGAAACCGUUUCUGCGGUUAUGUAAAGACGAAAAGCAACUACGCCAAUUCGAAGGUUUGAUGGCGUUGACGAAUUUGGCUUCUGUGAGCGACGAUGUACGAGCAAAGAUUGUGGAUGAAGAUGGCAUGUCGAUCUUUGAAAACCUGCAGUUAUCCAACCAUGAAAUGAUCCAGCGCGCAGCUACAGAGAUGGUGUGCAAUAUGACAUUUUGCGAAGCCGUAUUUGAAAACUACAGCGACCCGAAAUCGCAGAACAAGAUCCGGCUUUUGCUCAUCUUUUCAGACCACGAAGACAUGGCCACACGCCGAGCUGCUUCAGGGGCUUUGGCGAUUCUAUCCAACAGUAAGAGUGUAUGUGAAAUGAUCUCCAAGGUCGAUCGAGGUUACGAACGCGUAGCACGACUGAUCGAAAAGGCUGAAAAUGUCGAAAUUCAACACCGAGGCAUCGAAAUUAUUCGCUGCAUGGUUCAGGAACUGGACAAAGACGCCGCCAACGCAUUUGUAAAGCAGAACGUCCCUUCGCAAUUAGUAGAUAUUGUUAAGCAUUGCAACGUCAACCCUGUACGAAGUGCGGCUAUGGAUGUAUUGAAAAUGUUUGUAGCGAAAGGAGUUCAGAUCAAUAUUUAAUUGUGAAGUUGACGGAGAAAAAAAAAGUUGUAUGAUGAAGGAAAUAAAAAGUAAAAAAAUGA